AUGGCUUCGGUUACAACUACCCGCCCAUCAUUAUCCUCAAACGAUGCGGCCGUUCUCCAAGCUCUGUUUGACGCAGAAUCCUCACCCUCAUCUGGUGUCACAAUUGAUUCGACAUUACCCGCGUGGCCAGCCGCCGUGCAUAUUUCACCAGAAGAUCUCAUUUCAUUAAAAGAACGCGAGGUAGAGAUCGUCCGGCAGCUACAAGAAACUCCAAGCCAUGAUACCGUGAAAGCAGCUAUCCAGAAAUUCGACUCUCUUCUUAGCCAAUAUUCAACGUAUCCUUCGGCAUAUAUCAAUCGAGCGCAAGCUUUACGUAUGCUCGACGAUGCUUUGUUCACACCCAAAACCGCAGAUAUCUCUUCCAAGAUAUUUGCGGACCUAAGCAAAGCAAUCACUCUCGCCACGCCAGUUUCCCCAGCCGAUUCGGUAUCAUCAGUACAAGCUCGUUUACUGGCAGAUGCCCAUACACAUCGGGGAUAUCUUUUAUUGAAAGCGGCGCGGAUGCAGAAAGAAAUACUUGGAGAUAAAACAGAACGUACACUUCCAGACAGCUUAGCGAAGCUUGAGCCUGACCAGAUCGAAGAGAUGGCCAGUCGCGAUUUCUUCUUCGGGGGGAGAUAUGGGAAUAAAGUUGCUCAACAGCUUGCGGUGCAAACCAAUCCAUAUGCGAAGAUGUGCGGGGCUAUUGUGAAAGAAGCAAUGCGAAAGGAAAUUCAUGGAUGA